AUGGCGCUCGAGGCGAAGGAGAUCGAGUUAAAGGCAAAGGCCCUUACAAAGGCUGCGACUCAAAACGAACCCGCCGCCAACAUAGUGUCGCUAUUGAAGGAGUUACAGCAAGGUGUUAAGGCUUCGGAAGAUCUGCUGCGGUCCACUCGCGUUGGCAUCAUAGUCAACAAGUUCAAGCAACACAAGGCACCGGAAGUCGCACGCUUAUCGAGUGAAAUCGUCUCCAAAUGGCGUAACGAGGUCAACAAGCAAAAGGUGGGCGGGUCAGCGGCCGGAAGUCAACGAUCAAGCGCAUCGCCACGCCCACCGCAGAACGGAACCGCUUCGCCUGCCAGCGCGACCCCAUCCGACAAGGCCUCAAAGCUCUCAGUGCCCCCAGACAAGCGGACAUGGAAGGCGGACGGUGUUGAUACCAACCAGACGGGCAACCGAGCGCGCGACAACUGCAUUGGGCUUAUGUAUGAUGGUCUAUGUCUACACUCGACGGAAUCUCCCAAGGCUGUGCUCGCAAAAGCCGCCGCGGUAGAGGCAGCAGCGUACGACGCUUUCGGACCCGAAACAAAAGAGCCCUACCGUACCAAGAUUCGCAGCUUAUUCCAGAAUCUCAAAAACAAGUCCAACCCAAAUCUCCGAGUUCGUGUUUUGAGCAACGAAGUCAGCCCCGAGCGCUUUGUGAAGAUGUCACACGAGGAGCUCCGAUCCGACGAACAGCGAGAGAAGGACGCAAAAAUUCAAAAAGAGAACAUGGAUAAGGCAAUGGUUGCUCAAGCAGAACGCAGUAUCAGUCGAAGCUUGCAAUGCGGCAAGUGCGGACAGCGCAAGGUCACCUACACAGAGGCCCAGACCCGCAGUGCGGACGAACCGAUGACAUUGUUCUGCACAUGCAUGAAUUGCGGAAAGUCAUGGCGCCAGUAG